AUGCCUCCUGUUAUAGUUGCCGACUUUAAACAAACUAUAAACUGGAUAACUCACAAUCAGGAUGAAUGGGAUGAAGUUAAACAUAAAUGGAAAAAUACAAGUGCACAGAGGAUUUACGAAUUAUUAAAACUCAAAAACCGCACUGCUUCGUUGCUAUUAUCUGAGUAUCCAGUCUUUAGAAACCAUCAAGGAUAUCAAUUGAUACAAAUAGACUUUCAGCUGCAAUUUCCUGAUAAAGAAAAACUCCUUUUCGAUCGCUGGUCGAGUUUUCUAAAAGGAAUUCGUCAUAUCUUGCAGGUUGAAGUUUCAGAUACAGAAGGAAAAGCAUUGCUUGAGCUUCUUAAAGCCGAUGAUAUAUCCGUUGAUGGUCAAUCCUUGAUUACUGUUUGGUUGUUGGCUCACGUACUGCCUAGCCCCCUAUUGAUCUGUUCGGGAAAACGACGAUGGAAACCUUCGAUUCUUGAAUCCCGAGACAGCAUCGUAGUACUUGUUAAAGACCUGUCAGAGCUACAAGCAACAAUUGCUAAACUAUUUAGCUCCUGGCGUGAUUACGACAUAGCAUCAACCCCCUUCAUAGUUGUUCAUGGAGAAGAUUUAAAACAUCCCACAGGAUUCACAGUGUGGAAUAACGUGGUGUCGUAUAAGCUUCCUAGUUUUCAAAAAGCACUGGACAUAUGCUUGAAGCUCUAUAAAUCAUAUUCUCUUGAUUUUCCACGACAGACCGCUUCUGUUUGGCAUUUACUGGCAUGUUAUUUGUACGAUUUUACUCUCCCGAGUGAACAAACCAACAUCACGGCUAUGGUUACAGCUAUUCGUGCAAAAGCAUCGUCAUGAUUUCUUGUAUUGUACCGCAAUGUCCAUGGCAAUCGAAGUUUUUACAUCGUUUUUAUGAUCAUUUAAAUAAA